AGCCUUACUUUUCUUUUUAAGUAUUCCUCCUCGUGUUAUGUGUAUUUGGUGGUGUCAUUUCCAUAGAAAUGAUUGGAGAACCCAUAUCUUGCUAAUCUUUGAUCUACCAAAGUUUUCUGCAUCAUUGGUUUGAAGAAGAUAGAGACCUUUCAAUCCACCAACAAUUAAUGUAACGUUCCCAAAUAUACAUAUACCUUAUAAUCCAACAACUAUAGGCAGCUAUAUAACAUAGAAAGCCCCGUCGCUGGGCAAUCUUUUAGUUUCGACACGGAGAAGUUUAGCAGCAGCAUUUUGGGUAUGGGAAUGCAGACAACGUCUUUGAAUGUAAAAGUCAGACACACGUAGAAGGACGAUCAAAGAUGGAAGGAAUCAAGCGAAUAGGAAGGGGGCGAAGGAAGGAGACAAGGGAGAAGGACAAACAAAGACUUUCUCAACAAUCAGAAAAAGACAACCAGUUUGUCAUACUUUCCAAUCCUUUUCACGUUUUCUAAAUUUUAAUUGUUUUACUUCUUCUUUUGAUAGCGUCAGGUAGUAGAGUAGGAACGGCCGAAAUGCAGAUACAAGAAUAAUGACCCCCCAUGAUACAAUACAUGACAUACACAACAGAGAAACAUAGAGAAAGAGAGAGAUGGCUGCAGUCGAGGAAACAAGUAAGUUCUCCGAAGAGCAUCCAAUGAAAGGUGGAGAUGGCCCCAACAGCUAUGCCAACAACUCAACUUUGCAGAAAGGAACUGUGGAUGCUGCCAAAGAACUUUUAAGCAAGGCAGUUGCAGAAGAGCUCGACGUAAAUGUCUUGUUAUCUUCGAACACCUUUUACAUUGCUGAUUUGGGUUGCUCUGUCGGGCCAAACACAUUUAUAGCGGUUGAAAACCUACUCGAAGCUGUGAAAUUCAAGUUUCAGAGCCAUGGGCUGAAUUCGCAGAUCCCUGAAUUUCAAGUCUUCUUUAAUGAUCAUACUCAAAAUGAUUUUAACAGGCUCUUCAAAUCCCUCCCGCAGGCCAGGCGAUACUAUGCUGCGGGUUUGCCUGGUUCUUUCUACGGUCGCUUAUUUCCUAAUGCUUCUAUUCAUUUUUUUUAUUCAACUUAUGCCCUUCAGUGGCUUUCUAGAGUACCAAAAGAGGUGGUGGACAAAAACAGUCCAGCAUGGAACAAAAGACGAAUCCAUUACUCAAACUCCACUGAUGAAGUCGUAAGGGCUUACGAAGCUCAACAUGCUGAGGACAUGGAGUGCUUUCUGAAUGCCAGGGCACAAGAGAUUGCAGAUGGAGGAAUGAUGGUACUCGUCAUUCCAGGCAGACCCAAUACUCUCCCUCAUUCUGACUCUGUGGGAAAUGUGAGCUUUCAACUUAUAGGGUCUUGCCUCAUGGACAUGGCUAGGAAGGGAUUAGUAAGUGAAGAGAAAGUAGAUACAUUUAACAUUCCUGUGUAUGCCAUGACUCCUCAAGAACUGGAAGCUGCUGUAGAAAGAAAUAAACAUUUUAGUUUAAAGAAGUUGGAAACAAUACCUCACACUCCGGUUCCUCCCACUGUCUCUCCAAUCCAACUCGUUGUAUCUCACAUGAGAGCUGGCUUUGAGGGAAUCGUCAAGCAGCAAUUCGGAGAAGAAAUCUUAAAUGAUCUCUUUGACUUGUAUCUCAAGAAACUUGAAGAGCAACCCUCCAUCAUUGCGUCAGGGACUGAAACUGCAAUCAUCUUUCUUGCCGUGCUGAAGCGCAAGUAAAAUGAUGCGAACAUGAUGUCUCAGUACUCAUGAAGAUGUUGUCAAAUUUCAUUUGCUUCAUUGUUAUGUUAGUUUUCUUUUUUAUACGACUAAGUGGAAUAAAACCUCUGUACGAGUCUUAGCUCAAGUGGCUUGGGAAGACGAGAUGGAAAUGUUGGAUUCCCCUUGUAACCGAAAAUUCACUGCAGGAGAGAGAUACUCUCUAGCC